AGGGAUGAUCCUAGCACGAUCCCCACCCCUCAGUUUUCCGCUCUGAAUGAAUGACCUCGAGGAAAUCCACCAUGAGGGCAUGAGGCAGUCUCUUAUCAGCUUGUGUCAUAAGCUGCCAACGCUUUGUCGUGUCUGUUUUACAGUCAUGACUGUGCUCCACUUUACAAUGAAAAUGAUUGUGGUCUCUACGUUUUGUCCUUAAAACUGCCGAAGAACAUUUGACUCUACUUCGUUAUUCCACUUAUACUUUAUGAAAUCCCGACAACCUCUCAGCUUGUGUUCCAGUGCAACACGGGUUCUCCCUCAUAUGUUGCAAGUAUUGAGUUGCAUGAUGUCGCACUAAUAGAUAGUAGUAGUCAGAAAAAGACUGUCUACUGGAACUACAUUUGAUUUCAGUUUCGAGCGCUGAAAGUUGUAUUUGUCUUCCAUGUCCUUGUGUUGAAAGUUGUAUUUGUCUUGCAUGUUGUAGUUACUACUAGGUACAAGAAGAACUUGUUUUUCUUCGAUAAUGCUCAGUUAUUCGAUGACUCGUCAGGACGAAAGGAAUGUCAACCUCCUCCGAGGUGUCGUCGUCAGAGGGACACGGGUCUUUAGAUGAACCCGUCGAAGAGGACGACUCGUCUCCUUUAGGAGGUGAGGACGCAAGCGGAGAAGAGGAGUCUUUGCCAGCUGAUCGUGAUGACCUGGAGGACGAUGACCAGAACAAGCAUCGUCACGACAGAACAGGGGAACUGGAUCACAGUGUAAUAGAAGAGGAAGAAGAGAACAACCAGCACCACUUAGAACAAGGACCAAUCUUGGUGUUAAGGCUCAGCUUUCAAUGGUCAUUGGGGUUGGUCACUGAGAUCCCUCUUGAGAGAACAGGGGAAAAUGAAGGAAAAGCAAAGGGAGAGGCUUGGGGCCCAUUUCUUUCAGAGUCAGUGACCAUUGAAUGCUGAGCUUUAAUGGUGGAAAAGAACAAUUCUCUCGGUGUAGAAGAAGUAGAUCUUCACAAGGUGAGCGAGCCAGAAGAUCCUAUAAGUGAACAGGAAGAUGAGGAUGAAGCACGGACCACAGGUUUAUCAACUUCGUUAUUUCAUGGGUAUGAAAAUGUUGAUGUUGUAGGACACGAAAAGCAAGACGACGCUGACCAGGCUUGGAAUUCUGAAGAACCAACUACAUCUAGUGGUCUAAGUCCACGUGAACAGCAGCAAGAACGUGAGAACAACAAUGAGCGCGACGGAUCAGCACACGAACAGGAGCAAGACUUUCUGGUUUCUAACUUUGCAGCCCUAUCGCUUAGAUGCCUAGAGGAAAGUGACGAAAUCGAAAACGAAGAAGACGCAGAAGAAGAAAUUUUUGCUACAGCUAUUCACGCUAUCGAACACAUUGAGCCAGAAAGUCCACUACGACGAAGACGUCUUAGCGGCCCGACAAGACAAGAUAAAGAGACAACUCUUUUAAUGGAACUUCCGGCUUGCGUUGGUGACGAGGGUCAAUAUUACCAGGAAGAUUUUUUAGACUGUACUGUUAAGAUAGAACUACAGCAAGAAAACCAAAAGCAGGUUGCGAAUAUGAAUAAUAACUAUAGCACCACUUCAACAGGGACAACUACUGGUUCGUCAUCUAUACCUCAUUGUAGACCUGAAGGAGGCGAAGCAAGAAGGGUGUCAGUUGAUUCCACUGGUGCCAUGAUGUCGAGACGUCGUUUGUCGGAAGACCUUUUCCCCUUUGACUCACCGAGCAAACGCCAGAAGCAAACAGCUUCCUUGGCGCCUCCGCAAAGAAGUAGAGGAGCUGUAGGACAACUAGGGAAAGAAGAAGAUGAUCCUAAAAAUUCUACAAAUGUUGCGGAAAAUACUGCAACAUGCUCGUCUUCAGCGACAACUGGCAGCUGGUCAAGAAGCGUGGUGGAUGUGCAGUCUCAACCAGGAUUACAAGAAGAUGCACUGGAGCGAGUGGCUGGAACCUAUUUCCGCGAAGCAGAAGAGAGCGAAUUAAAGGCUACGAAGCCGUCAGCAACCUCUGCUUCAACCUCAGGCACUAGGAAACACUCUCCUGAACUAAGACCAGAAGACGAACAUGAAGGUCUAGCGGUGCCACUAGAAGGGCAGCAUGAAGAUAUAGAAGCCGAGGAAAACGCUAUUGUCGUGGGUGAGGACGAGGCUGGCAACACCAUCGCUGCCCAGAAAGCUGAUGGUGAAGGUAUGCUCAUUGGUGGGGCUGAGGAGUCUAGUAACGAGAACGAAAGGCAAAGGCAACAUGUUGUAGCAGCUGAGAGGACACAUGGAGUAGAAGAUGGCGAUGGCCAAGAAGAUAGUGCCCCUGUUCUAGCUCCAGAGGGUCUUCCCAGGAAGAAUCAGGGUUCCCUUUUCCCAUUGGGUGCGGGAGAAGGAGAGGCCGAGUCACGCUCAAGGAACGAGCUUGACGAAUCUGGCGAAGAUAUUGAUACUGCAAAUGAGCCAGAGCCCCAAGUUCAAGCUGCGUCCUCCUCUUCCUUUAGAGGAGACGACGAUAGUGCUCCUCGGGUGGACGACGUUGGGGCCACAACUUCUUUUACCAGGCUCCAUACUGAGGGAAACGAUAGACCCCCUGGGGAUUCUGAAGGAGCUGCGGAUUUUGUUUCUGUAGAAGGUGAUGGUUCAUCUUCUGUGUCUGGAGAGGACGACGGAAUGCGCGAUGGUGCUGUUGAAGAGAACGACGUUGUAGACGAAUCCAUUGGUCAGAGUGCGAUGGAGGAUGAGCCUGUCUUGUUUCAAGACGUUUUGGAUGAGCUUCAGGAUGUCGCUUUAGAUCUGGAGUAUGACGCAUUGGUCUUGGAUGAAGAUAACUUCGAUGCGGAACAACAAGGUGAACUAAUGGACGCCGUAGAAAGUGACGCGGAAGAAUCAGUCAUGGGAGAAGAGGUACAACAGUUACUAGGAGAAAUGGAAGACGCUCGUGAAGACGAGUUUGAGGUAGAAUUUCCUGGUAAUGAGUUAGGCGACUUUGAUUUUCAACAACAGAUGAGAGACUUGGACUCAGAGUUUGACGACGAAGGUCCGCCGGGAAGACGAGUAGCAGAUGAAGCAUGGACAGACAAACGCUGUCACCUUUCUUGGCGCUAUUGGUUUUCGUGGCAAAGACAUUCACUUUCACAUAGUAGCCAUAACGUGGGUCAACAUAUAGUACAAACGGAUCAGCAUAAUUCGGAUUUGCCUCAAGAUGAACCGCGGCUACGUUAUACGGAUCAUUUGGUGGAUGAGCCGCAGCCUAGUAGCAUUGCUUCCUACUCAACAAAAUGGCGGGAAAGGUCUUGUACGGAACAUCCUGUGAAAAAGACCUACGGAUACGGCAGAACUCGUGGACGAGCUACAGUUACCUCCUUCACGACUUCGUCUUCAUCUAGCGGUCCUGUGGGAGGUCAAGUUCAGCUAGGGUCUAGAAGCAGUGGAGCCCAAGUGCCAGCUCGUCCUCCGAGUCAGGUGCUAGGAUCUCUACCUGAUAUGCGGUAUACAGUAGGCCCAAAGGGCCCUCCAGUCAAUUCUUUCGCACUCGAUUCCUGCUGUUUGUCGUACUGCGCUUUAGCUUCCGAAGUUUUGGUGUAUUUCACACCUGGAAUGAAAAAUAGAAGAGCUUCUGCCAACGUAUUCCCUCAGCGCGAAGAGGACAGCAUCAGAACAGAUCAUACAACUACAAGGCACGUCAAAACAGAGCAUAGAACAACAACUGCUCAUCACGACGUCGAGAGCAAGGAAGUUUUCCUGCUCGCCCGCUUACGUGUUGCUAGCGAGGAAGUGGCGAGUAGGAUAAAUAACAUUCUCGUUGCUGACGGUUUGCACGUAGAUGCAGAUGAACGCAGGGAAGUGAUCGAAAGAUCGCAAUUUGAAUUUCCUGAAAGGAUGCAGAACCAGGAGGAUCUUGGUGGGACUGGCGAACUAGGAGGUCGUGGAUUAAUACGUACUUCUAGAGGAGGAGAAGCUGCUGGCCAACAAGAGGAACAACAGCAACAUCAACAACAGUUGAUACAACCACCUAGGACGAGGAGAAAAAGUAGAGAGGUCUUGGUCGUGGCGCAUGAUCUCGGCGUAACCUUCUUUGAUUGCAGUGAGGUGAGACAACGCAUCGUUAAGGAAGUGGAUAGCAUUCUGAAGGAGUCAACGCAACUAGGAGCAGAUCGAUCCUUUGGCUGCUCAACUUCUCGUACAGGAUCAACUUCUUCGUACAACACCAACAACUACUCGAGCGCAACUGGCAGAAGAGAUUUCACUUCUCUGGAGACUCAACGCGAAAUACUGUCUCUGUUCUGCUGCUUAGACGAUGUUGAAAGUACAACAACUUCUACAGAAAAUGAAAAUUCUCGUCCUGCUCCUGACCAUGUUGCGGCCGUAGCAAAGGUGCGCUCUCGUUACCGAGUCUUGACCCACGAGGAUGUGGAUGGCCUGUUACCGCUUGCCUGGCGCAGCCCUGAUCUAUCUUUUAUUACGGCUUCCCGUAAUCCUCCAUCUUCAGAAGCAUCUUGAUGAAGCGGUUCCUUAAGGAGAAAGGAGCACCAAGAUGCAUCUCAGGAUGGUUAAGGAUGAGCUCUAAUUCUACGUCGCACGCUGUUCUGCAGUCAUGCAAGAGCACGUGGGGUUUGUCCUUUCGCAAUGGUCUUCUCGCUGCUUCCGCGAAUGACCACUACGCAAGGAUUUGGUGUCCAGUGAAACAGAGAUUUCAAAAUUGCCACGUCCUUCCGGCGUAUUUGAAGUUAUGAGACAAGAAGUUGAGUCUGAGUUUUUUUUUUGAUGGAGGUCAGGUGCCAUGUGUGUGGUGCUAUGUAUAUUAUAUAUACUACAUUAAAGAUUGAUAGACACCAGUAGAAAUACACCUACAAAACUACUGGUUUCUAGAUAUUUGUUGACUGAGACCACGUCAUAGAUGACUACAGAUGACAUGACUACAGAUGAGCGCAGUACCAACAGAAGCGAUGCAAUAAUUAACAGCUACUACGUACCAACAGAUGAAGCGAUGCAAUAAUUAACAGCUACUACGGCUUAAAGUUAAACCCGUGAAUGCUCCUGGGUGUAUCUAUUGUCAUCAUCAUUCUAAUCCUGAAACAAGUCUGCGGAGGUGCUCGAAAAGGCACGGAAGAAGCAUGGGAACCAGAAGAAGAGCUGGACGGCGUGAGAGACUUCAAGAUGCUGUUCCAAACUUCGCCGCAUCAUGGGAAUAUUCCAUGCGUACGUGUCGGAACCGUGGUUGAUCGGACACUUCAGAAGGACGAGACCAUGCCGAUGCCCCUUCUCGAACAGCAAGUGGACGAACCGCGCUACGUCUAUUCUGCAGGCUUAGACGGACGUAUUUGUCGUUUUUUAAGGGUAGGUUAAAGGUGCUUUUCUUACCGCUUUUUAUGCCUCUCCUAAGGGAGAAAGGCAUAACAAGCGGGGUAAGCGAGCACCAAAAACCUACCUCUAAGUUUUGAAAAAACGACAAGGGCAGCAGCUACUUCUAAGUUUGUAGUCGUGCCAACAUCUUCAACAUCUUCUGAAGGUGCUUCUAACGGAAAAGGUGGAAUAGAUGUUGAAAGGAAAGAUUACACGAAGAACGAAGGAGAAAGCGCAACAACAACUGAAUACUCAAACGUCCUCUGGUAUCCCGGUAACGUGCGUAUGAGAGAAGGAACUGGUAAUCCGGAGCACGUGGCACUUCUCCCUUCCGAUAUCAUGGACAUGGGAAGAGCCUGUAGUUCUGCAACUACUCUCCCAACUGGUGCAGAUACAACCAUGGACACGGGCAGAUCUUCUUCUACAUCCAAUGCUCCGAUAAGCUCGAUCUCGUCGUGCUCGACAGAUAGGGCCGCAAGGAACUUGUUUUACGACACUUUGUCUUCCUACGAGGGUCUUGGGUAUCGGCAAUGGUGCGGGCCUACAACUACGAACUCUACUACGUCUUUCGACAAAAAGAAUAUGCGGCAUGUCCAGAUGGGCUUCUGGGGUUUUCAAGUGGUAAACAUGGGCGAUAUACCUACCAUCUGUAUGGAAAAACAAGUUCCUGAAGACAAGAGGAAUACUAGCGCUUCUGCGACUGUGAAGGAAACAAGUAAAAAAGUAGACUCGGAAGGACAUCACUUGAAGACAGCGACUGGUGAUUCUGCUGACGUUGCUGAGACUGGUGAUGUCGUUGGUCGUGCCUCAGCUCAUGAUAAUGCCAAAUUUCCUGAGAAACAAGACCACGACAGAACAGAAUUAAACGCGGAAGGCGAUUCUUCUCCAGAGGAAGAAGAGCCUCCCUCAAAACGUACACGCACUGGUCGUGAACGACUACUACGUUUAAGGGUAGCGCUUCACUGUAUCCUUUGUGGGCUAUGCUGAGUGGCGUUUUUCUUAUGAUUUACAGGGAAAAUAAGGGGGCCGCAGGAGGGUAACCCACUCGAGUCGGGAUAGUGAAAGACUACCUUUAAUACCUGGUAGUCCCCUACCAGUACUCGCCAAUGGACAGCAGGCAAGCAGCGUCAACGGACAGCAAAGUAGUGAUGAACAACUCUCAAAUGAGAGUGAGGAUGAAGAUUUACAGUCAGCUCGCGAUGACGAAUCGGAGCAUUAUUUAGAAGAUUUAGCACCUGGUGAAGAGGAAAAUGGUCCAGAAGGCCAGCACCUCUGGCGGAACAAAGAGCCACCUCGCGCACACGCUAAAGCCAUGCUCACGAUCCAAUUUUUUUUGAAGCGGCACAACUGUGGCGCAAGAAUAAUAGCUGACGAUGGAGAAUGGAUCAGCUUCCAGCAGUGGGUCAAGGAGGUUUUAAUGUUAAGAAGGGUCACCACAUUUUUACAUCCUCAACUAACUUACAUUCUUAGCCUCUUUUCAAGCACUAACUAACAUUUUUGGCCUCUAAUUUUUUUGAAGGUUCCCGCGUCUUUCUCCGACGCCGCCGAUGAUAUCUUCUUCAAUCGAGUCAGCUUGAGGAGAGCUGUGGUAUACUUCUAGGCUCUGACUUAUGUUUUUGGAGGAAGCUUUAGCUGCCUUUGUAGUAACAGGUUCAUUAUCUUCUAAAUAGGACGGAGGGAAGAUUUUGUUUGAAGUGUGAUUGCUUCCUUUAUUUAUACUUAGAAGUUCUUGAUGGCAUGGAUUUUACGUUGCUUCCGCUUGUACUAUUCUUAAUACUUCUGCCUAAUCCGGUUGCUGGGAGCAUGCAGAACUAACAUAAAAACUUGAAUAAACAUUUAACUUCUUGACUCAACAAUUCUUUCAGCGUGUCCGUUGGGGUGAAGAGGCUAUGCGAGAGUUCUCGAAGGUAAUGGACAACAACCGCAAACAACUAUUAUGGUUAGGUUUUAGGUGUCCGCGUUACGAGCGUUUGUUUUGACUCAGGGGCUGCGUUAAUCCGCUUGAGAAUGCAGCUAAACCCUGCGGACGGCGGAUCACAUCCUAAUCCUAAUCCUAACAAACGGGGUAGGGCUUUCCCUAUGAUGCUGAAGUGUACUUACUAGAAGUGUCCGCUAUGGUUCUUCAGUUUUGAGGCAAGCGAAGACCAAACCCCUACGACCUCUAAGACUAGGAUUAUGCGUAUGUCCCGGCGGCAAUUUCUGGAUUGACCCUGCGAUGAUGCCUCUCGAACGAUGCGGCCUUGACGAACAUCUACGAGUGGAGGAAGAGAAGAAGAUGAAGAAAGAUAGUUACGGUAGUAAUGGUCAGGAAAGGGCGCCUGCUUCUUCCAGUGCUGGAAAUGGAGUAGAUGCGAAAGGGAAGAAGGAUAGUUACGGUAGUAAUGGUCAGGAAAGGGCGCCUGCUUCUUCCAGUGCUGGAAAUGGAGUAGAUGCGAAAGGGAAUGUAACAACUGAGCCUUCGCGUUUUCUGGUACCUGCACUUGCCCCAAGCGAUCCAGAGGCGGAUCUGCAAUUGAUCUCAUGGCGGUCUCCGUCAGGUCCAAGCGAUCCAGAGGCGGAUCUGCAAUUGAUCUCAUGGCGGUCUCCGUCAGGUGCGAGGAGAAGAAAUUAAGGCUGUACCUAAUACAUCUUUGGACGCAUCCUUGAAACGUAUGGAAGAGUAUCCUAAGGGAAUGCUCCCCCAUACUUUUCAAGGAUGCACUUGAAAGAUGAAUUACGGACAGCUCUAAAGAAAUGCUCCUACUUCGCAAGAACUAGAGUCGACGUCACCAGACACAAUAGUAGUGUCUUCUAG